CUAGAUUUUGCCCAAAUAUGAGGUGAAACACUUUAUCACUUUCUUACUUUUCAUUUGUGACUGACAUUUUAUCGAAAUUAUCGACGCUGACGUUAAAAAUUCGUGUCACUUUUGUAUUCCUAUAAUCUCCGAGCGGAAUGUCUGGAAUGCUUCCCGAAGAUAUCACCAAACUACUUUAUUUGACGACUCAAAAAAGGGACUACGUUCCAAAACCUUUCAGCAAAGCUGAAAAGUGUCAUUACGAACAAGAAUUUAAAGAUCCAAUUGCGGCCAGUUUUGCAAAAUUUUUGAAAAUCGACGAACAAGUUCAAUCUCCAUUCGAAGACGGGGAUGAAUAUUUGGAAAAAGUAAAAAAGAGUAGAAGCAAAAAAAUUCAAGAACUACAUUUCAAAGAACCACUGGACCAUGUGACUAUAAAAGAAGACGAAAUGAUGGAAAGUAAAACGGAGUAUCAAGCAGAUUACUGCGAUAUAGAAAACGAAGUAAGAAAACAAAUACUGGAAAGUAAAAAGAAGAAAUUCAGUCUACCUCAAGAUUGGGCGAUACAAGAAACAACCCAAAGACGCGAUUACAGAAAUCCUGUCCAAAUAAACAGACACGCAUUGGAUCGUCACGCAGUUAUUAUACCUCCAGAUGCGCUAGGAAACGACGAAAAAAUGAAUGAAAUUCUUCAUGUGCAAACUGGUACCACAACAUACGAAGAUACCAUCGGAAAGUUCGGCGAAUUUAUUGUAAAAAAUCAAAUACACGGGAAAAUUACGUACCCUAAAUAAAUACAAG